CCCCCAAGUCAGGGCGAGCCCGGUAACUGUACACUCGAUCGCGUGUAUAUAUACCAGCGUGGACCAACCGAUUAACCACAGUCAUCUACGACCAACACGAUUCACUGUGCUGCAGUAACAAUCGCUCGACAAGACACAUACAAAAUGUCCGCCAAAUUGAUCAUCUUCGCGGCUUGCGCCGUAGCCACCGCCCUGGCUGUCUACAAGGAACCUUCCUACCCAUCUUACCCAGCUGCCCCAGCUUACCCAGCCCCAGCCUACCCGGCCGCCCCAGCUUACCCAGCACCAGCCUACCCAGCUGCCCCAGCAUACCCAGCACCAGCCUACCCAGCUGCCCCAGCUUACCCAGCUGCACCAGCCUACCCAGCUGCACCGGCCUACAAGCCAGCCCCGUACUCCGCCCCCAAGCCGUACGCCCCAGAACCAGCCUACUCCGCCCCGUCACCGUACAACUUCGACUACAGCGUACACGACACCUACACCGGUGACAUCAAAAGCCAAAACGAAUACGCCGACGCCAACGGUUACGUCAAGGGCUCCUACAGCCUUGUAGAACCCGACGGCAGCAAGCGCACCGUGGAAUACACCGCCGACGACUACAACGGUUUCAACGCUGAAGUCAAGAAGGAAGGUGGAUACCCAGCACCAGCCGCUUACUCCGCACCGGCCCCGGCCUACAAGCCCGCCCCAGCCCCAUACAAGCCCGCGUACUAAUAACGCUACCGUCUCAAAUCACUGAACGUUGCAUCUCAUACGCCGACAUCAUCAUUGACGAUUUCGAAGACUGUUUUAAGUCUCAGAACAUUUUCGUAACUACAUAUGCCUACACGCAACCUCAUGCGGGUAAAGUGUGUAUUUUUUAUUUUGUAUACACAUUAUUGUCAUCAAUAUCAUCUUAGUUUUUUGUAAAUAAAUUUUUUUCGUGUUUUACACAAAACA